UUCAAUGGCACUCUCAUCCUCCUGGUCGAUGGCUCUGGCUAGUGUGUGCUUGGUGGCGUUGGUCAAGGGAACUGGAGUACAGACCACAAAGAAGAUUAUCCAAAACACAAGACAAUGACGAGAGUACUACAAACAUCCACCCUUAGCAUUCUUCCCUUGGCAGUAUGCCUACUGGCCAGAACGACUUUUGGCUUUCAGCAGAAUUUCAAGCUACCCAAUCUUCAUCAUCCAGUACAUGGAUCUACGCCACUGUCAGCUCCCCUCUGGCUGGCCGCCAAGGGCUUUGGAGGAGGAGGUUCUUCGACUUCCAAUAAUAACAAGACAAAGAAGAAGGUGAAGAAGAGCGAUGUGAAAAAGACGCAACAAAAGAUUUUGAAGAAAUACGGGAGCAACGUGGCGGAAGGAACGCAACGACGCGUGGAUGCAGCGUUGGCUAAAUUGCCUCCCCAUUUGUACAUGGCCACACAAUUGUACCAGCAACUUUUGAAAUGGGAUCAGCGCUUGGCCAACAUGUCCGUGCUGCAACAAGCCCAACUUCCACAAGUUGAAAUGGAAGGGGCGCAACGAGCCCGGGACGAAUUGACAAAAGUUUACGACGAAUACGAUUUGGACGAACACGAUUUGCACAAUAUCUUUCAACAAAUCACAUGGGAUGCCAGUGCCGACGCCAAAGCCGCGCGUGCCAUUAUCGCGGGAGGAGAAAUGGCCGCCCCCAUGGCCCGCAAAAUUGAUGCGGCAUGUCAAAUUGUGGCGGCUGCCGUGGGGAAAGACGGUCAUUGCCUUGAUGUCGGAUGCGGAUACGGCGUCUUGGUCCCUCAUUUGGAACAAGCCGGUCUGGAAUCCUCUCAAAUCCACGGCAUUGACUUGUCACAAGAAAUGAUCAAGAAUGCGCGACAACUCCAUCGGGGCGUCGACUUUCAAGCCACGGACUUUUUGAACGAGUACGGCACUACUAAUGAUGAUACCGACGAGCAAGAGCAACUACAACCAAGUCAAUUCGAGAGCAUUAUAUUUUGUGCGGCACUGCACGACUUUUCGGACAUGACGUCUGCCUUACAAAAAGCAUCGACAUUAUUAAAACUCAAUGGCAAGUUGGUGAUUAGUCAUCCCCAAGGUGCCUCCCAUGUGACGAGACAAUCCAAUGCCAAUCCCGUCAUGGUGAAACGAAGUUUGUAUACAGCACAAGAACUACAUUCGGUCGUGAAAGAGUUGCCGGGCAAAAUGACGGUGGAACUAGAACCCGCGACACCCAACUCGCCGGAAGAAGACAAAGUGGGGUAUCUAGCCGUAUUGACCAAAGUGGAAUGAUCAAUCGUACCAGGCAGUAAAGAAUAACUCAAUUUUAAAAUAGUAUUGGGCUCCUUUC